UCAAGAUGCCUCAUUCGCACGGGCCGUGCGUAGCAAAAUGGCUGCCCGACUCGAGUGAGCGAGUGACGUUUCUCCGCAAGGUGUUUGCGUUCGCGAUCCACGCUGCGCUGGUCCCCUCGCGCAUGAAUAUACGCGGGUGCGAUACGUGUCACAGCGGCUGUCACAGCGUGUCGUGCAUCCCGCGUCUGCCUCGCCCACGCGGAAGGUGGCCGAUCGCGCGGCCGCGCAGGUGAAUGCGGCCGCGUUCCGCCCCGCAACGGCCUCAAGUCUCGCCGCAAACUCGCCGCAUUUGGAGAGAGAGAGAGAGAGACAAUAUUAUCGGAAGAUGGAUAUUCGAUGCAAAGUAUAGGUUGAUAGAGCCUACUGUGUGGUAGCUGCCAUGCCAACGUACCACAAUGCGGGUGGCGGAUACCCGAAUGUGUCAGCGCCAGCGCGGCAAGCAAAGCUCGACGGCAAUCAAAAUCAUCACACUAUCCCUUCAAACGUAACGUCUCAUCCCCUCAUACAAAACAACACUCAGCAACAGCAACAGCAACAGCAGCAGCAACAUAGUGUUCCUUCCAACCUGAUUGCAAGUAGCAUUCCGUCCCAUCCAGUGUCGCCGACGAUGACCAUGCAUUCGAGUGUCACCACCUCAAACAUCACGACGCACAUGAACACCACGUCCUCGCCGAUGAUUCUCACCUCGAAUACCAUUAAUCCAGGCGCCACUACCGCAUUGCCAGCCAAUCCGCGACAUGAAGUGAAACUGAACGCAAUGCCAUGGUUUCAUGGAAAAAUAUCGAGGGAAACGGCAGAAAGGUUGUUACGACCACGAGAGGACGGCUUGUUUCUAGUUCGAGAAUCGACGAAUUUCCCCGGGGAUUACACGCUCUGCGUGUGCUAUCAAGGGCGCGUACAACACUAUAGAGUGAAAUAUAAAAACAAUCAGUUAACGAUCGACGAUGAGGAAUUUUUUGAGAAUCUGGCGCUUUUGGUCGAACAUUACGAGCAGGAUGCAGACGGUUUAUGUACACAGCUAACGAAAUCUUUGCCGAAACAAGGCAAACAAGAUUUCUGUGUGGAUCCAAAGGCAUUCGUGGAGGCCGGUUGGGUGAUUCAGACUCACGAGUUGGAGUUAAGAGAGUGUAUUGGAAAGGGGGAAUUUGGGGAUGUGCUAUUAGGUGUCUAUCGAGGAGAAAGAGUCGCGGUGAAAAUGUUGAAGGACAAUAGCGAAGCGGCACAGAGAUUUCUGGCCGAGGCGAGCUUAAUGACCUCACUGAUUCAUGACAAUCUGGUUAAAUUACUCGGUCUUGUUUUUAAUAAUCAACAUAUGUACCUGGUUACGGAAUAUAUGAGUAAGGGAUCUCUGGUGGAUUAUUUACGGUCAAGAGGAAGAUUACACGUUUCGAAAAAGGAUCAAAUUAAUUUUGCAUACGAUACGUGUGCCGGUAUGGCGUAUCUGGAAUCCAGACAUGUUGUGCAUCGAGACUUAGCAGCGAGGAAUGUUCUCGUAGCAGAGGAUAAUUCUGCCAAAGUAUCUGAUUUCGGCCUGGCGCGAGAUGAAAAUUUUUCUCUUGAUGGUGGAAAACUGCCCAUCAAAUGGACUGCACCAGAGGCUCUAAAACAAAACUUUUCAAACAAGUCUGAUAUGUGGAGUUUCGGAAUUCUUCUCUGGGAGAUCUAUUCCUUUGGUCGUGUACCGUAUCCACGAAUUCCUUUAGCCGAUGUUGUAAAGUGCGUAGAAAAGGGAUAUAAGAUGGAACCACCGGAUGGAUGUCCUGCGGAAGUUUAUGAUAUUAUGAAACAGGCAUGGGAUUUACAGCCAGAAAAGAGACCGAGUUUUCACGAUAUAAAAGUGACACUCGGCCAAUUGAGAGCUGAGUACACCAAAGUCGUGAAUUAAAAAAGAAUUUAAUACUACUUAAAUAAACUUAGCGAGAACUGAUGAAAUGGGGACUUGGGCGUUCGAAUGAUUUCUCGUUUUUAAACUGGAAAAUAGUGAUUUUGAAAGUUUUUGUUAGAAGAGAAAGAGACAGAGACGGGAUUUCAAUUGUACAUUGUAUACAAAAAAUAGUAUUUGCUUUGCUUAUAUUUAUUGUUAUUUUAGUUUCUUGAAACGUAUGUGGGGAGAAUUUCAAUUUUUAUAUAGUAAUAUUUUGUGCACACAAGCAUUACCUAUGGUCAAUCGUGCCUUUGUCCAAGUUGAUGUUCUCGACUAGAAAAUUCAACUUGUACAUGAUGAAAUCCGAAUAUGUCGUAUAUGAAAUGGCAAGGUCAGGAAUCAAACUCGGAUUUUUGGGUUAUUAGGCGAUUGCUUUAACAGACUUAUCUCUAUCACUCCUGAAGUUCGAAUAUAUUCGGGAUAAAAUCAACAGAUUUAAAAAGAAUGCACAAUCUGAUCUAAUUGCCUAUUACUUAACUUUUGAUAGUCACAUUUGUUUAAAAUCUAUUACAUUCAUGAUUAAAACGAUUUUAUAAUUAUAACAAUUUUUUUAGGUAAUUCUUUUUUACAUUACAGUGCAAAAGUUACGUAUUAUAUAUAUUGUAUUAAAUUUAGAGGGAAUAUAAGACAUGUUAUAUUAUAUAUUAUUCACAAUCUCGUCCACUUAAUUUUGAUCGGUUAUCAUUUCGUCUUUUGUUAAAGUUAUGUAAAAAAUUCAUUUGCGAUUAUAUUGUUAUACAUAUAAAAAGUUUGCCUAAGCAGUUUUAAUUAUAUAUCGCAAGUAAUUGAACUUGAUUGUUCAAUUGCUUAAGUUUUUUUUUAUCAAAGAAAUAUUGUCAUAAGAAAUACUAAUUUUUAACUAAAUUAUAAUACAAUACGCACGUAUACACAUCAUUAAGUUGUUUCAAGAAAUAUUUGACUAUAUUAAUGGUAUAAAUGUAUUUCUCUUUGUAAAUAUUUUUGUAUAUAAUUUAUUCAUCGAAAAAGAAUAUUUCAAGAAUAUUUCAAGAAUUGAUAUUGAGAGAAGAUUGAUAUUGAUCAACAAGAAAUGUCUAUAUUUUCUAUUUUUUUAUUUCUAUUUUUUUUGUUUAAAACUAAUACAUAUUAAACAAAUGUCUAUACACAAUUGCACCGUGUUAAAAAAUAAUUGUCUUUUGUUUAUAUCGUUGAUGAUAUAGUAUUCAUUCGUAAUGUCAUUUUGUAAUUUGUCAUUCAUUUUUCAUAAAAAAUUCUGCCAACAGUAAUAACGGACUAAAUGUAAUUAUUCGACGGCCGUAUUUUGCAGAACGGUAGUCACGGGCUACGGAGAAGAUCAAAUAUUUAUUCUUUAAGAUAUGGAAGUGAUAAGAUCUGUAAAAUUGUAGAUAUUAAAUUCUUGUAUCCAACAUAAUUAAAAAAUAAUAAAUUUUUUUAUUAAUUAACUAUCAAGAUAUCUAAUAUAUAUCUAUGUAACAAUCGUAAAAUACUGUGUAUUAAAUCGACACUGUAUCAUGCGAUAAUUUGUUAAACUUCGAAAAGUGACACGGUCACUCAGUUCCUUGACAACAAAACCUUUACGAUGGAAGCAGAGAUUGUCUUGACUGAUGAAAUAUUUUACAAUAAUAGGUUCGAUCUUUUUCUUCCACAAGUGUCUCUUCAGUCUGCGAUUAGAGAUAGUUCUAUAGGAAAUUUAAAACAUAUUUAUCUUAAGCAUGGUCCAUUUGUAACUUUGAUAUUACACUUGAGGUACACGUAUUAAUAAUGCGUAUUAAUAUGGCUCUAACUGGUUCUACUUUGAAUUGCUUUUUCAUUGCGAGGUUUGAUAUUUAUAUGUAUUUACAAUUUGCGAGAAUGCACGCGAAUUCUUCCAAUUAUGAAUUUCAUGUUAACUCAUGUAAAAUGCCAAUUUCAUCUCCAUUUCGUCUCUGACAUUUCAAUCUGAGAUAAAACAUCUUGUUAUUCGUUGAAGAGCAUUAUAUUUAUAUAAAUAAAUAUAUAUAUAGAACAAUGUCAUGCGGAUGACAUUGUUACUUGUGUAUUUUGAUAUGUA